AUGCGGAAUUCAAUUAUGUAUUAUGAUAAUGAUAUGAGUGUUGACAAAAUAAAAAAACUUAAACAACUAUAUCUUGCUUUACAAGGUUCUGUUCAUCGUGGUCAAGCAUUGAUUGUUCUCGAUGGCUUAGACGCAAUACCUGUUUCAGAACAUCGUUGUCGAAUUACUAAUUUGGUAGAAAAUUUUGUUGAUACUCAUAUUCAAACACCAUCACAUACAUCUGUUCUAGAUAGAGAUGGGCAUCGGGACCAAAAACAUUUUCUGGUCCCGGUAAAAGAUUUGAUUGGCGUUCCAUCACCUUCACGUGGUCAAUUUGCUCAUUAUACAAUCAAACCAAUGAAUAUGGCUAAUAUGAAAAAUUUUGUUUAUCAUUGGUUUCAAGCAUUUCAUUUCAAAACAGUUCAUUUACUGAGUUUAGAAGUAACGGCAGAUGAAAUUCAACAGAAAUCUCAAGGUCGAGCGAAUCGAUUAAAACUAGAAUUAGCCGAUCCAAAUAAUAUUGGGUAA